AUGUCAUCAGGUUAUGGCGACAACAGGCUGCUGGGCCUCGACCCCUUCGGGCGGUACACGAAAGAGAUGUCGGUGACUGCCGGCAUGCUCUGCCUGUUCGGUUUCAUAAACCUCGUGCCGGGCGUCUACGAUCUCUGCUUGUCGACCAUUGAUGGGCAAGACUGGUCGGGAGACAGCGACGUCUUCCCUCCCGUCGUCCGCCACCUGGCAGCGCUCAUUCAGAUCACCUUCAGCAUCGUGUCGAUGGCCGUCGGCUUCCAGUACCUUGUUUGCGGCGGAGCUUGCAGCCACUGGACCAUGAUUUCCUUGCUCUGCUCGUUCUUCUCGCUCUUCACCUUCGCCGUGUCCGUCGCCUACACCGGGUUCCGCUCCGCGAAAGAGAGCUUCGACUUCAUCCCCUCCGAGUACGGAGCUUCCACCUCUGAGAACCGUUCCGUCGCUUCGAUGAUGGCCAUCGCGUACGUCGCAUACGCGAUUAACAACUUCGUCGCUCUCGUCUACCUCAACUACAAGAUGUUCAUGUACCAGUCCGACCAGUGGGUGGGCUUCAACCGCGGCUUCUACAAGAUGGCCCUCAUGUUUGUUGGCCUGCUCACGCUCCUCGCCGGCACUGUGCAGCUGGCUCUCGGGGCCUACGUCUUCGACAAGGUGGACGAGGACCGGCUGUCGUCCCCCCUCGGCGCCAUUUUCUUGAGCGGCCCGUUGCUCGUCACGUACUCGAGGCUGGCCAUGGCCUUCGGUGCCUUCCAGCUUGUCCUCGGCUGCUACAUUAUGUUCCGCGCCACCCAGGCAAGUUCUCGAAAACCUUCCAGCGGGAGCGGGGAAAACGCCAAGGGUCUUCAGGCGUUCCAGUUCGCCGCGUGGUUCGUGCUUGUCCUCAGCAUCUGCAUCCAGGUGCUGUCCCAAGUGACGAUGAGUUCGACUUCCACCAACAACGUCGACGGCCACGCCGGCUUCGCCGCUCAGGCCGUCGCCUAUGUUGUCGGACUCGGCCUGUUCCCCAUGUACCUCGAUGCCAUGUACUACACCACCCCCGAAACCAUCGACCAGAACGACUUUUGUGGCGACGUCAGCACGUGGAGCAAGGGCAAGGGCGAUAUCGAAGAACGCAAAGUGGAGUCGGCCAGCGUGGAGGCACAGGCAGUCGCUGUUCCCAACGCCUAAACACCGCGGUGCCACCUCCUACGGCCGCCACGCGCAAUCAUCACGGGAUCCCGGCCUCAGUCGCAUUGGGGAUUGGUGUUGUUGGGGUAUACGGUUAGAUUGCGCCAGCUCGGUCCCAUCUUCCGCGUAUAUAUUGCUUCCUGAGCAUCGUCUCAAGACAACGUUUUUCACAUACGCUUGGGGGGGGAUCUGUUGUAAUGUACAUACACCGCACGGGCGCAGGGGGAUAUAAUGGGGAGGGUGUGGAAUGAGUGCACUCCGGAAUGCCGUAUGUUUAUUCCGGAAGGGGACAUUGGGGAUUGGUGUUGUUGGGGUAUAAGGUUCGAGGUUAGAUUGCGCCAGCUCGGUCCCAUCUUCCGCGUAUAUAUUGCUUCCUGAGCAUCGUCUCAAGACAAUGAUUUUCACAUACGCUUGGGGGGGAUCUGUUGUAAUGUACAUAAACCGCACGGGCGCAGGGGGAUAGAGGGGGGUGUAUCCAACCAUCAAUGAGUGCACUCCGGAAUACCGUAUGUAAUGUCGAUUCCCGUUGAAAUGUAGAUGGGCAAAGGGGAGUAGGAUUGGCAAGAAACGCUUCUGUAAUUCACACUGCAGUGGCAUGUGCUUUGCCGAUCAUUUCUAUGUGAAUUACAGAAGCGCUGCAGUAGGGUUUCAUUGCAUCUGCAAGAAGUGGUUUGGAGUCGAGAGAAGACCCGUUCCACGAAUGCUUCGUUUUGUGGGCGGCUGCCUGUGCUUAUUUGAUGAUAAUUUGAUGAUAAAUAAUGUAUUUUUAGAAAUUUAGAAACGGUGAGUAUGAGACGCGUUGUUCGUUAGCCCACAUGGCGCUUAGUUGACAACGUCAUGGAUGGGGUGCGUUCGAUACGACUUCAUUGCCGUCGUCGGAGCAAACGUAUCUUGUCACGUUGCUGAUUAUGGAUGCAGUUUGAUUGGCUUAGCAGCAUGGGGGGUUGGGAACCACGAAUAAUCACCACUGACGGGGUGAG